CGAUGGAAAUGCAGUUUCUGUCGACGCCGCCAGGGUCAGGAUCGUUUAGGUUUAGAACCACCACCAGGGGCUGGAAUGCAGCGUGUUCCAUCUGUUCGAAGAAUGACUCAAAGAAUGGAGCAGUUGGGAAGAGAGGAAUCAAUUGUUCUUCCGGAAUUGUCAGUUGACCUGGAGGAAAAAAUUAACUUGGAAGGUGGGCCUCCAAGGAGUCUGGAGAAAGGGCGAAGUGGUAGACUGGCUGGAGAGUCAGAAAGGAGCUUCAGUUUGGAGGGACGUUAUUCUACGGGAAUAAAACAGAACGAUGAGAAAAACCAGUUGAGAAGUUGGCCGCCAGUCGACAGACAGAAGUCUCUUGAAAGUUCCAGCAAAAUCCGAGGAUCGUCUUCUCCUGAAAGAACUAUUAGCCAUCAUAGGGAUGGACACUUGUCUUUGGACGCUGCGUUAGAAAGAAGAUCUUUCUUUGAAUAUCGAAGAAGCUCAAGAGGGAGUCCAACUGGACAUGCGCUAUACAAUAGCACGAACAGUGGUCACCAUCAUCAUAAAAAAAAUCACUCUCAGCAACGUUAUUCUUCAGCGUCUGAGAGUUCUGUAGAUGAAUGUUUUCAGGAGGACCUUGAAGAAAAACAAAGACAAAACAGGAUCAGAAAGCGGUCGCGAAUUCAGAGACAGAAAUACUAUGUUGAAGAGCCAGAUUCAGAUCCUACUUUAAACAGACCGGAUAUUCAGGCUCGAAGGGAUGUAAAACCUCCCUUGACGUCCCGAAGAAUAUUUGGUGGCUCAGUCGAAGCAUUAAACAGGUGUACUAGUUAUGUAACUGGUCACUCAAACGAAAAACCCGAAUCUACUGGUGUUUCUAGUGUCCCUGGACAACAGAGCUCAGACAGUUCGGACUUCAGUGAAGAACUUUCACCUGUGAAUGACCGUAGUGAACAUGAACGUUAUGACCCCUAUUACGCUUAUGAGCGGCUAGCAGUUCGAAAACCUACGAAGAAACUACAGAAGUCCAGAAGACACACCAUAGAUCUUGAUGAAGACCAUAAAGUAAACCUUACCGGAACACCGGAUAGUUCUCCGGAAGAAUACGUGACCGUCGAUAAAUCUCAUUCGCUCGAUGACCACGAGGCGUACUCUUAUUCAACCUUCAGAAGAAGCAUCCCGAGUGUCUUCGUGAAUACCGUGCCCGACAUCGACCCGCCGUCACAACCUUACCCGCAAAGUGAAGAUCUCCUCAGACGACACAGCACCGGUAGAGCCUUGCCUCGUGUACCCGUGCCCGAGAACCUGCUACGGGUCCAUUCGUUCUCCUCGGAUAGCAAUUUUAGCAUCCAUUCCCUUGAUCUUCCUCGUGACGAGAAGUGUCGAACUGAACGACGAGCUUCAGCGCCAGAGAGAGACAACGUUCAAAUUGUCAUUGAUGACGUAAACUGUGAAUCACAGCGAAAAUCUCGACAGAAGAAAGUCCAUCUUCAGAGAGAUAUGAAAGAUACCGGAGCACGAACACGUGGUUUUGGCAUGAGGGUGAUCGGUGGAAAGUCUGCUGACGAUGCGAGAAUGUGUGCCACUGUAACUUGGACACGACCUGGAGGUCCUGCUGACCAAAAUGGGAUAUGUCAAGGAGACAGGAUCUUGGAGUGGGGUGGAGUCACUUUGGUAGACAGGACAUUUGAGGAAGUGUCGACCAUUAUCGAAAGAACCGGUGAUAGCGUGGAAGUAGUAGUUGAACAGGAUAGCGGAAAAACCAAUGGAAACAAAAGUUCUGGUCGCUCCUCCCACCACAGUGUCAUUUGGAGCUCCAGUUCUCCAAAAAGGAGUCCAACUCUUACUCUUCAACCAGAUCAGAGUAGUGCCCAGGAUGUACAGUCUAUAUCUCCGACCCGUCGAAAACUGCCCAGGACACCGGUGGCUAACAAG